AUGCUCUGUCAGAUAUGUAGCCAGAAUGACGGCAAGUACAAGUGUCCCACUUGUAAGAAACCAUACUGUUCACUAGCAUGCUACAAGUCAGAGAACCACAAACAUGAAGAAAUAAAACCCAGCAACAAAACGCCACAGGUGAUGCCCUCACCAGACACAACUGAACCAAUGACUAAAUUCGACAAGUUACUUCAAGAUGAUCAAAUUGAAUACCUACUAAAACAACCAGCUUUACAGUUCCACCUCUUAUCCAUCAUUACUAUCCUACAAGAUGGCUUCAUCAACAACCUCAACCAAGAACAAAAACUAGAAGUCAUGAAUUUGAAAUUGAAUGAUUUGCGAAAAGGCGGAGUCGAGCAAAACGAACUAGUAGAAGAGUUUGUACAAAGAGUAUUGGAACUAGAUGAAGCCUGA